GUGGAGCUAUGCUGGGAAUUACAUGAUGUCACAAACUGUGUAUUUCACCAGUGAAAACACCUCUGUGUGUGUGUGUGUGUGUGUGUGUGUGUGUGUGUGUAGACUGUUUCAUAGCAUACAAAGCUACACCAGCACCACGUCCUUAAUAGAAAUAAUUUAUUUAUGAAAAACAAAGUAGCUCUUUAUACUGAACCUUUUGUGCUCUACCAAAUACAUCACAGUAGCAACGCUGGUUUGGAAAGUACUGUAUUUCAUAGACCUCUUUCACUGCAAACAGUUUGUCACAGUGGCAAUAACACAGGUGUAAUUUGAAGACAAGUCAAAAUGUCUGCUGUGGAAAGGGUCUGUUUGAUUCUGAUGAUUUUCAUUGUAUACAACAUGCUACAGCAAUAACCAUUAUAUGUUCCACAUCCCUUUUUCAAUAAAGUUAUAUAUUUUAAAUAAUUUCUCAGAAUGAAGGUAAAACUGAUUUCUCCACCUCUGUGCUGCUGCAGGAUGGUACUGUGUGGGGUGAGUCGACAGAUCCUGGGCAGCAGCUGUGGGGCCUGGGCCAGGCUGCUGCAGAGACAGAGCAGGGGCUGUGUGUACUCCAGCAUCCAUGGCUUCAACCAGGAGGAGAUCAGAGAGAAGCUGCAGGCCUUUCCUGGAGGCUCCAUUGAUCUGCUCAAACAAGAGUCUGGUGUCGCUGUGCUGACCAUCAACAACCCCUCCCGCAUGAAUGCCUUCUCCGGCAGUAUGAUGGUGGAUCUGGAGGAGAUGGUGAGCCAGCUGGAGAACUGGACAGACUGUAAAGGCCUGAUUGUGCAGGGUGCUGCUGGAACUUUCUGCUCUGGAUCGGACCUCAAUGCUGUCCGGGCGAUAUCUAACCCACAGGAUGGGAUGAAGAUGUGUAUGUUCAUGCAGAAUGCUCUCACAAGACUACUCAGGUUGCCUCUGAUCUCUGUUGCUCUGGUGGAGGGGAGAGCGCUGGGAGGAGGUGCAGAACUCACCACUGCCUGCGAUUUCAGGAUAAUGGCAUCUGGCAGUGUGAUCCAGUUUGUCCAUAAACACAUGGGCCUGGUCCCGGGCUGGGGUGGCGCAGCACGGCUCGUCCGCAUUGUCGGAAGCCAGAAUGCCCUGAAGUUGCUUGGUGGUGCUCUAAAAGUGGACCCCGAACUUGGCCUGCAGAUUGGACUGGCAGAUGGAGUCCUGGAGGUUCCCGGGGCAGAGGAGGGUGCAGGGACUCUGCUACAGCAGGCUGAAAACUGGCUCAGUCGCUAUACAAAGGGACCUACCCCAGUGAUCCAGGCUGUGAAGAAGGUAGUGUUGUCAGGGAGAGAGCUCCCUCUGUCCGAGGCUCUGAGGACUGAGAAGGAUGUAUUUGGGACGGUGUGGGGCGGUCCGGCAAACCUGCGGGCUCUGGCCAGCAAGUCCAAACACAAAUGAGUGUUUGUGUUCACAUGAGCUUCUCAGACAUUUUUGGAAAAAGCACUGUCCGGGCCAAAAUUGUGUGGAAGAGAACUGCUACAGACAGAUUGACGUCAAUAAACUUACACAGAUCUUUGGCGUGCUGAAGACAUUUAUAAUUACUUUUUUGUAUGUAAUAAGCUGAAUGUUGUGUCUUAAAUGUGGACGAAGGUAAUGUGGAAACAAAUGGUAGUAUUUGUUCUUUGAUGGUUAUAACUACAGAAUUCAUCAUUUCAAUAAAUCAGCCACUUCAUUGCCUCUAAUACACUGAUAAUGAGAGAUCACUCAUUGACACAUUUUUGAAUGGCUGUCAGGUAUUUUGUUUGUUAUCUCUCUAUGUGACAUUAUGCCUACUUAUCACAUCGUUUGUAUACGAGCUGAAGAGGUGCCUUUUUAGUCAUAUAUUGCAAACAUAACUUGGUAAAAGAUAGAAUGAGGGUAGUGUUUUCUGGUAUGAAAACUGAAUUAACACCAUAAAUAAAAACUCCUGUUCCUUCGGGGUUAUAUUUUAGAAACUGGACUCUGGAGCCUCCUGUUUAUGAUAAAACAUUGAUCAGCUGUGCUGCAGUGUCAGCUGACCUGAGAAAUUAUCGUGUGUGUGUGUGUGUGUGUGUUUAACACUCUGUAGACUGAUACUGUAUAUGAAUACUUAUUUUAAGAUUUAUCCUCUCAAUUAAAGCACAUCUGUAAUAAAACAGUGGAUAUGCGGUACACUGGGUAUUAGUCUUAUGUUUUCCAUAUGGAUGAAAAACAAAGCUCUAAAGGACUACAUUCUCCAUCUUCUAAAUCCCUUCUGUCCACAUUGGUUAGUCUUUCCUCCAGGUCCCCUGAAAUGGGAUUAUGGUAAUGAUCAGACCAUGGCUGACAGAAGAUAGAUAGCUGCAGCAUACAGAUACUGAUGAGGUAUAACAAGCAUGAGGCAGCAGAAUCUGUCUGUAGGAUUGAGAGUAAUGCUGCUGUGCUUGUUUCCUCUUUACUUCAGUUUUGUAGGUUAUCUCAGCUGAUCCUUCAGAGCUCACUGUGCAUUAUCGUGGCCUUGAUCACCCCCCCGGGUUCUAUUCUAUUGGUAGCUGUAGGUAAGAGCAUUAUUUGCUGGUUUUCUGUACUCUGCACAAUGACUCACUGAUGCAUGGGGAAUCUGGAAAUAUGCUGAAGCACAGGGACAAAUUAAACAGCUGAAAUAUACAUACUGAAUUCUUUUGUAAGGUUUGACACCAAUUUGUGCAAUUAGUCCAUACAGCAUUAGGUAUUGAAAGAGCACAAACAGGCACAGACUGAAAUGACAAGAACAGGACAGGUCCCUGAAGGAUGCUGGUUUAUCUCCGGUUCCCCUUCCAGAGGUCAUGUUUCCUGGCCAGACACCCAGCUGGAGCGCUGAUGGCUGCUGUGACCAGAAUACCAAACACCGACAAGGUGAUUGAGGGGAAGACAAGUUGGCCUCAUUAUGAUGUACAGAUUGUUUAUAUGGUCUCCAAUGACAGAAAAACAGGCUGUGUUGCAUACUGUGAACAUUAUGGAUUAGUAAAUGCAACCUUUCUUGUUAUAUAAUAAACUAUUUUGAUGUCU